AUCCUAAUUUCACCCUCCCUACUUAGAUACUUCCUUUAUUAUUAUACUCCAUUGGAUAGUGUUAUGGAAGUGGAAACAUUACAGUACACUGCAAAUCUGCAAUGGAUGAGAGAGAAUCACAAAAUUCUCAUUUCAUUUGAUUUCUACUCCAUAAAGCAACACCAUUAAAGUUGGAGUAUCCUUAAAUCACUUUUUUUCCCCUGAAAAUUACUCUCAAAGUUCCAUAUGGCCUUCAAAAUUUUAUCUUUUUAGAUCCACUUUUCUUGCCAUAUUAUCCACCAUGAUUGCUUCUACUCACACCAUUUUCUUUUCUCAAUUUACACUGCUCUGAGCUUUCUCUAGCUACAUUUCUGCAAAAUGGACAUGGGUUUUACUCCCUAGAAGCUUCAAUGAUGGAAGUUAGCAGAGAAAAGAAGAAGAUUUUUUUACUUUUUGUAGUGUUUUUGUCUUUAAUUAUAGUGGGUUUUAGUGUUACAGAUCCUGGUGACCUUGCUGUUCUACAUGAGUUCAGAAAAGGGUUGGAAAAUCCUGAGCUUUUGAAGUGGCCUAGCAAUGGAGAUGAUGACCCAUGUGGAAAUAGAUGGCCAUAUGUGUUUUGUGAAGAUGGGAAAGUCACCCAAAUUCAAUCCAAGAAUCUUGGGUUAAAGGGCACUUUACCUUCUGAUCUCAACAAAUUGAAUAAACUUUCCAAUUUAGGCCUUCAGAACAAUAAUUUUACUGGUAUGCUACCUCCCUUUAAUGGCUUACAAGAAUUGAAGUUUGUAUUUUUAGAUUUCAAUAAUUUCACUUCAAUUCCUGCUGAUUUCUUUGAUGGGUUAGUUAAUUUGGAAAUUAUUGCAUUAGAUCAUAACCCUAAUUUAAAUUCUACUACUGGUUGGUCUUUGCCUCUUGGUUUGCAAGAUUCAGCUCAAUUAGCUACCCUUUCUUUGGUAUCUACUAAUUUAGUUGGUUCACUUCCUGAUUUCUUGGGUUCUUUAGGGUCACUUACUGAUCUAAGAUUGUCAUAUAAUCGUCUUUCGGGUCGCAUUCCAUCUAGUUUUAAUGGGUCUAAUUUGCAAACACUUUGGUUGAAUGAUCAAUCUGAUGGUGGUAUGAUUGGUACUCUUGAUGUUAUUGGGACAAUGGAGUCUCUAACUGUUGCUUGGCUUCAUGGGAAUCAAUUUAGUGGAGUGAUCCCUUCUAAUAUUGGGACUCUAGCUAGUUUAAAGGAUCUUAAUCUCAAUAACAAUCAGCUUGUUGGGUUAAUUCCUGCUAGUUUGGCUGAAAUGGAAUUAGUUAAUUUGGAUUUGAGUAAUAAUCACUUAAUGGGUCCCAUUCCUGAGUUUAAGACUAAGAAUGCUUCAUACAGUUUCAAUUACUUUUGUCAAAAAACUCCUGGAACUCCUUGUGCUCCAGAAGUUAUGGCACUCAUUGAUUUCUUAGGUGGGUUAGAAUACCCAUCAAUUCUUAGUUCUUCAUGGUCAAAUAAUGAUACAUGUGGUAAUUGGUUGGGCAUCAUUUGUAAUGAUAAUAAACAAGUUAUUGGCAUAAACUUGCCGAAUCGUGACCUUAAUGGUACACUAAGUCCCUCACUUGGGAUGCUUCAAUCACUUGAAAAAAUUAUUCUCCACAAUAACAAUAUCAAUGGUCAAGUUCCCUCGAACUGGACCGAUUUGAAGUCCCUCACAAGUGUAGAUUUGAGUCACAAUCAUCUUUCCCCUCCAUGGCCAAAGUUUCGGAAAAACGUUGAUCUUUCUAUCGAUGGGAAUUCUCCACUUUUAACCCCUAGUUCUCAAGCUUCUGCACCUCAUAGUCAAUCUUCAUCCCACACGAGCUCAGGUAUAAGCUCGGGAUCUUCUCAGGGAUCAGAAAAUAGCAGCACUAAAAGAUCUAAAUUGGUUUUUAUUGUAGCGCCUGCAGCGAGUAUUGUUGCCCUUGUAUUGAUGGUUAUUCCUUUGUCUAUUUACUACUGUAAGAAAAAGAAACAUGUCCACCAAGCCCCCAAUUCCAUUGUGAUUCAUCCAAGAGAUCUAUCAGAUUCAGAAAAUACUGUUAAAAUUGCUGUUGCCAAUAACAAUACGAGCAGUACGUCGAUUGGAAGUGGUUCUGCUAGUAUAAAUAGUAGUGGGUUUGGCGAGUCCCAUGUCAUUGAAGCUGGAAAUUUAGUUAUAUCGGUUCAAGUUCUUCGAAAUGUGACAAAAAAUUUUGCCCCUGAGAAUGCGCUAGGUCGUGGUGGAUUUGGGGUUGUUUACAAGGGGGAAUUGGAUGAUGGAACUAAAAUAGCUGUGAAGAGAAUGGAAGCAGGUGUAAUUUGCACCAAAGCAUUAGAAGAGUUCCGAUCUGAAAUCGCAGUUUUGUCGAAAGUCCGUCAUCGUCACUUGGUAUCACUUUUGGGAUAUUCCGUUGAAGGUAAUGAGAGACUUUUGGUCUAUGAAUAUAUGCCUCAAGGGGCUCUUAGCAGGCAUCUUUUUCACUGGAAAACUUUCAAUUUGGAGCCGCUGUCGUGGAAAAGGAGGUUAAAUAUUGCUUUGGAUGUUGCACGAGGGAUGGAAUAUCUUCAUAGCUUGGCACAUCAAAGUUUUAUACAUAGAGAUCUGAAACCUUCUAAUGUUUUACUUGGUGAUGACUUCAGAGCAAAAGUUUCGGAUUUUGGGCUGGUGAAACUUGCUCCGGAUCAGGGGCAACAUUCGAUAGAGACACGGCUGGCUGGAACAUUUGGAUACUUGGCUCCUGAAUAUGCUGUGACAGGAAAAAUCACAACCAAGGCUGAUGUUUUCAGCUUUGGCAUUGUCUUAAUGGAGCUGUUAACAGGAUUAAUGGCGCUUGAUGAGAACAGACCUGAAGAACAACAGUACUUAGCCGCAUGGUUCUGGCGGAUUAAAUCAGACCGAGAUAAGCUAUUGGGUGCCAUUGAUCCUGUUCUUGAUGUGAAAGAGGAAACCAUUGAGAGCGUUGUCACUAUAGCCGAGUUAGCUGGCCAUUGCACAGCCAGAGAGCCAAGUCAACGACCCGAUAUGGGUCAUGCCGUCAAUGUGCUGGCCCCACUUGUCGAGAAAUGGAAGCCAUGGGAUGAUGAUACCGAGGAGUAUUCUGGAAUUGAUUAUAGUCUCCCACUAAACCAAAUGGUGAAGGGAUGGCAGGAAGACGAAGGGAAAGAUAUGAGUUACGUCGAUCUUGAUGAUAGCAAGAGUAGUAUCCCUGCUAGGCCUACUGGGUUUGCCGAGUCCUUUAACUCUACCGAUGGUAGAUAGUGGAGAUUCUUCGUGCAUAUGUUGUUGUAUGUUGUAGAUAUACCAUGUUGUUUUUCCUUUCAUCACUUGUGUCCAUAUGAUUCAAUGUUGUAUUUUUGUCUUUGAAGCUUUGUAUUUGUAAACUGAAAUUGUACAAGAAGUCUUCCACGCUGGGUUCUAGCUUAUUAUUCCAUGUAAUUUUGGGGUCAGUAUAUGGAGCUGUAUGAAUGAUAGCCUGUAUGAUAAAAACUAUGGAUGUCUUUUUGUUGAUUACUGUUGGUUGUGAUCGAAGAUACGUAGAAUAUAAGUGUGGCGAUGUGUUUUGUUGUGCCUA